GUUCAAGAGUCUUGCGAUUUCUCUUGUUUCGCAUAAAACAAAGGUCAAUUAAUUUUGUAGGAUUACAUUAUAGCCGGGCGGUUGAGAUGAUCAUGAACGCUGUGCGUGGUUAAACUAAAAUAGAUUUUGUAACAUUUUUACGUAUCGUGACGUGUUAUCAAGGCAGACGAACUUCACACAAUCGCUACUUAUUUAAAAUUUCCAGUUUUUAUAGAAAAAAGUAUUGUGUUGUGACGAAAAAUACUGUAAUGUUUAAAUCGUUGUUAGGAUCUCUGAUUACUCAGGCCAGCUGUCAAGAGGGGGCUGGUUAUUUAAAAAGAGCCGAUACAGAGAAGUUACAUGAAAUAUUUCUGCAAUACGCCACCGUUGAGAAGAAUGGUGAGAAGCACAUCACUAGCGAAGACUUUGUGAGGAAGUAUCUAGGAUUAUUCGACGAAGAUGACUACAACAAGGAAUCAGUCAAGCUCAUCGCGGGCAUCGUGGACAUGGACAAAGACGGGUUCAUCUCGUUCUCCGAGUUCCAGGCCUUCGAGGGGCUGCUGUGUGUCCCCGACGCGUUGUACAAGACCGCCUUCCAGCUGUUCGAUACCAACGGCAAUGGACUGGUGGCUUUCGACGAAUUCGCCGAGGUCAUGCGCAAGACAGUUCUCCACAAGAAACUGCCUUUCAACAUGGAGAGCACCUUCGUGCGUCUCUACUUCGGCAAAGACAAGAAGCGUCUAGUCACAUACCAGGAGUUCAGCCAGUUCCUCCACGAUUUCCACGAGGAGUACGGAGUGGAAGCCUUCAAGAAGUGCGACAAGGAUGGCAGUGGUUUCAUCAGCGCUGGGGACUUUAGGGAUAUAAUGCUGAAUGUCAAAAGCCACUUGCUGACCAAGGAUUUGAAGACGAAAGUGAUCAAUGCGUCAGGCUUCCCCCAAGGCGAGCGCAAGAUCAGUUUCCCCUUCUACAUGGCUUUUAACUCGCUCCUCAACAAUAUGGAACUGAUCAAACGGGUGUACCUUAACGCUACCAACGGCCAUCGAACGCAGGAGGUCACCAAGGAGGAGUUCCUGCACUCCGCACAGAUGAUGAGCCAGAUCACACCGUUGGAGGUGGAUAUAUUGUUCACUUUGUGCGACACUCUGCAUCACACUAAUGGACGCAUUGUCUACAACGAUCUCAACUCAAUCACACCAGAGCAAUACUUCAAACAAGUCACACGAAGAGUAGCAGAAAUAAAGGCCGUCUCGAGUCCAGAGGAGCGCAGUGUUCUCAUUCAAAUUUUGGAGAGCACGUACAGAUUCACGCUCGGUUCGAUUGCCGGUGCCGUGGGCGCAUCGACAGUCUACCCCAUAGAUUUAGUAAAGACCCGUAUGCAGAACCAGCGUACCGGCUCCUUCAUCGGUGAGGUGGCGUACAGAAACUCCUGGGAUUGCUUCAAGAAGGUCAUCCGGCACGAGGGAAUAUUUGGCCUUUAUAGAGGACUUGUCCCUCAGUUGAUCGGUGUAGCUCCCGAAAAAGCCAUCAAACUUACUGUCAAUGACUUAGUUCGAGACAAGUUUAUGGACAAAAAGGGAAAUAUUUCCAUAUACGCUGAAAUCAUCGCUGGAGGUUGUGCCGGCGGUUCCCAAGUAGUGUUCACGAACCCACUGGAAAUAGUCAAGAUCCGCCUUCAAGUGGCGGGCGAGAUAGCGGGCGGGCAGAAGGUGCGCGCGUGGUCCGUGGUCAAGGACCUGGGCCUGUUCGGGCUCUACAAGGGGGCGAAGGCCUGCCUGCUGCGCGACGUGCCCUUCAGCGCCAUCUACUUCCCGGCGUACGCGCAUGUCAAGGCCAAAUUCGCGGACGAAAACGGCUACAACCACCCGCUGACGCUGUUAGCGGCCGGAGCCAUCGCCGGCAUCCCCGCCGCCUCGCUCGUCACCCCCGCUGACGUCAUCAAGACCCGGCUACAAGUAGUAGCGAGAUCUGGGCAGACGACGUAUAACGGCGUAAUAGACGCGACUAGGAAAAUCUACGCCGAAGAAGGAGCUAGAGCUUUCUGGAAGGGAGCUAUGGCUCGUGUGUUCCGUUCGUCGCCACAGUUCGGUGUGACGCUCGUCACUUACGAAAUCCUGCAACGUCUCUUCUACGUCGACUUUGGAGGAACUCGACCGACCGGCUCGGAGUUGCACGUGGCGACACCUAUUGAAGAAGUCAAGAAGAAGGCCGAUCACAUCGGCGGAUACCAGGUCGCGAUACCAGUCCUCACCGGCCUCGAAACCAAAUUCGGUAUCUCGCUACCAAGAUUCUCGUUCCCGAAACCGGCGGCUCAGUAGGUACGGACCUAGUAAAUACCACCUAGUACGGAACGUGAUAUUUAGUCACGUGAUUUGGAAUAAGCUAUGAGUAUGAGAGCCUAGAUGAGGCACUCGAUAUUGGCGUCACGUAAUGUUCGACAGAGUAACAUUACGUCUGUAUUGUAACUUUAUUCAGCAGUACUGAGGGCUGAGUGUGAAUUUACAUCAAUCGUCGUCACUAGUAUAAUUAAAAAAAUCUAUGGAAAUGUUAGUUCUUGAAAGUAUCCGCUAGGG